GAGUGCACCGGGUCCGGCCGGGAGGGGGGCACCGGGUCCGGUCCGGAAGGGGGCGGGGACUGCCAGCAGCUUCAUCUCUGCAAGUUCUUCAUCUACGGAAACUGCAGGUUCGGGAAGGGCAGGAAGUCGUGUAAAUUCUCCCACGACAUCCGUUCAGAUCACAACUAUCGAUUACUCAGAGAGUUCACGCUGCACGAGCUCAACGAAGAUGACCUGUUUGUGCUGUUGCUGCAGAACGACCCCUCGCUGCUGCCGGAGGUGUGUUCGCACUAUAACCGAGGAUCUGGUCCUUACGGCAGCUGCACCUUCCAAGAGAGCUGCACCAAAGUUCACCUGUGCCAGCACUUCGUUCAGGGCGACUGCAUGUUCGGGCUCAAGUGCAAGCGGCAGCACGCCAUCGAUCAGCACGGCCGCCGCAUGUUGGAGGAGAGAGGGCUGAGCGGAGACAUCAUCCGGGAGCUGCCCUUCAUGUACAGGAACAUCCACCACCUCGCCGCCGCCGCCGCCUCGACCUCCACAGAGAAUUUAACAGAUUCUUCGUGGACGCCUCAGACGGACGACAGGAACGACAUCUGCCUGCACUUCAUCCGAAACAGCUGCAAGUUCCAGAACGAGUGCCGCCGCGUUCACUUCCACCUGCCCUACAAGUGGGAGGUGUUUGAUGGCAUCACCUGGACGAACCUGCAGUACAUCGAGGACAUCGAGCGGGAUUUCUGUGACCCGUCUAAGACCCAGAGCUGCAGCAAUCACCCCGUCGACUUCCAAACAAUGAGGCAGGGGUUGCAGCCCGUUCGCCGUCUCUCCACGGUUUCCUCGGUAACAAAGCCGCCUCACUACACCCUGACAACGCAGUGGCUGUGGUACUACAAGGGGGACCAAGGGAACUGGGUGGAGUACGGACUGCCGGAUGAAAAGCAGCGCAGCACAUCAGUGACAUCGCGGAUGCUGGAGGAGGUGUUUCUGUCAAACAGAACAGCAGACGUCAAAGUGGUGAAAGGCCAAAGACAAUACGUCAUCAGCUUCAAAGACAUGUACCAGAGGAACCCCAAACACAACACCAAGAGACGAGUUCGUCGUCGUCCACGCUUUGUCUCCGUGGCCGAGGUGGAGCGACAGGCAGUUCAGUAGAGAAACCACAACCUGAUGUGGUCUCUACAGACUGGACCUGAAUAAGUGCCUUCUCUUGGUUUAAAACAUCUGGAACUGUCACUUCUUGGUUUCCGUCAGUUUCCCUACUUUACUGUAGCUAUUCCUGAAUGGACGAGUCUGUUACUAUUGAUUUUGAUGGAUUUUAGCAUUAGCGGUGUGUCAGUCCACCACUAUCUCAACAAUUAUUGGAUGGAUUGUCAUGAAUUCUGGUUCAGGUGGACCUCAGGAGAUGAAUCCUGAUGCCAACAACAAGAUACUCCUUAAACUUACCACCAAAUUCUCAUUAUGCUAACAUUAUCAUCUGCUGUUAGCUAAUAUUGGCUAUCAUUAAUGAUCGGAUUCAACAGGAGAACAUGCUAACUGUUUUUAUUUUAAGGGAACAGUGCACAUGAAUGCACAAACACAAAAUCUGUUACCAUAAUGCAAACUUUAGCUAGACUGAAAGUUAAAGACGUCACUUCUUGUUAAGCUUCUGUAAAUGCAGUCUUUAAUUUUGUUUUUCUGUUUUUGUUAAAAAAUUAAGCUUGUUUCUGGAUUUUAAUUCAGACAAUCUUUCAAAAUGACAAGUUCAGUGCUUUUAGACAACAAAACCUUUUUCAUUUAAACUAUCAUUAGCUUUUUUUUUAGCAUAUAAACAAACUACAUGUUAACCUCGGAGGGCCGCUGGACUCACGAGAAUCAAACUAUGCACUUGUGUUGCAGCUUGAAGAUUUCACACGUCAAACUUUAAAAAACAUAUACUCUGUUUUUUGUUGUUUGUGUAAAAGUAGCCGCUUUUAGCAGCCAAAAGUGGGCGUGGCCAUUCAAACAAUGACAUAUAUACGUUGCACACAGAUCUCUGAGCGUCUGUUACAUGUUUCUCUGUGAUAAAACAGAAAUACUUGCACUGGGUUUUAAAUUGUAUCUGGGACAUUUUUUAUAUCUGUAAAAGUUAUGUAUUUUAAUAGUUAUUUUUUGACUUCAUGUUGUUCAAUGACUCUUCAGCUCAGUUAUUCAGUUUGGUUUGUUUUCAGUAAAGUUUUAUAUCUGUGUUAAGACUUCUUCUCUUCACAUCGAUUUCACUCCUGCAAUAAAAAUCAAAUGCGAAUG